AAAAAAUCUAGUCCAACUAACAGAAUAAAAAAAAUCACUAACAAUACUUCCAAAUGUGAUUCUACAAAUUAGAUCUAGAUAUCUACAUCUAUUUCUAGAGCUCUUUGAGACUAAUUAUCUUCAGCAACUCAUGGCAUCUGGGCUUACUUUUUUCGUGACUACUGGUAGAGGAACUGAGACAUUUGCAGUGGAAGAAAUAUCAGAAAAACUGAAUUGCCCCGUUAUCAAAAAAAGGGAUGGUAAAGUGUUUUUCAUGGUUCCUUUCUGUGAGCAAAUGAAAGAACAACUUUUUGCCUUGAAGUCAGUUGAACGAAUAUUUGUUGCUAUUACUGAUUACACAAACAAAAAUUUUAUUCAAGACAAGAGAACUUUCCUAAACAAGUUUAUACAGGAACUGUCAGACAAAGAUAAUUUUACAAGUGCUCAAAAAGUGAUUGAAGUACUAGAAACUUUGUCUUCUGAAAAGUAUUCUACAUGUCAUCAGAACUCUGAGAGCCAUGCUUGUUUACCUAAAAACUGCUGUAAAAAGAAAAAUGAUCCAGCCACACUUGCUAAUUGUGCAGAACAACCUCAGAGCACCUUGGCAAAGGAAAUGCCACCCUUGAAAAAAGCAAGGUUGGUUAGUUGUGCCCAAGAAAAGAAUAAUAUCAACACGGAUCUUCUUGAAGCAUUAGACAGUCACUCUCAAGACUUGACUGGUGACACAAAUAAAAUAAAAGAAGUAUCAAGGCUUUGUUGUGAAUCAACAAAUGCAGUACCACAUUUAGAAACUACUUCCCUUGUUGAUACAAACAAUUAUCAAGUGGAUGGAAAAAUUAUCAAGAGUUUUAAAACUUUUCGUAUUUCUAUUAAAUGCUCUGGAAAAGUGAAAAGAUGGUUGGAUAUAAAGAGACUUUCUAAGAAUUUAGUUUGGCCAAUAACCAAGGCUACUAGAUGGAAGGCAAAUUUGCAUCAUCCUGAUUUUGAGAUAUGCAUUCAUAUAAGCGAUGAAUUUGUAACAGCAGGUAUUCCUUUAACAAAGUUUCCCCUGUCAAAGAGAGAUUAUAAAGUAGACUCUGGCUUGAGAUCAACCAUUGCAUGGAUUAUGUCACAUUUGGCUAACAUUCAGUCAGGUGAUAUUGUAUUGGACCCUAUGUGUGGCAAGGCUACUGUGCUUAUUGAAGCCAACUCAGAGUAUAAAACUAGUUUGUACUUAGGAAGUGAUUGUGAUACAAAUCAGAUAACAAUAGCUAGGCAAAAUGUGUCCAGCUGCAGUGACAGCAUCUCAACUGUGUCACUAGUCCUGGCUGACGGGCUAGACAUGCCUUACAGAGAUAGUUGUAUUGAUGUAGUGAUCUGUGAUGCUCCUUUUAAUCAGAAUCAUAAAAUUCAUGCUGACAACAUAGAACAGUUUUACCUAAAGUUUUUGAAAGAGAUCUGCAGAGUUCUAGUGCCCAAUGGCCGCUGUGUAUUACUUGUAUUGCAUGAAAUGAAAGAAAAAUUGAUCAAUCAACUAAUCUCAGGUCCAGCCAGACUUCAAAUUUCUAAAUUUGAUUCUGCAUAUUUUGUUCCAUUAAUUUAUGUUGAAAGUCAUCCAGUUAAACUGGGAGAGACUCAAGCUUGUAUUCUAGUACUUAACAAAUAAACCAAUGUCUCAGUG